AUGUACCUCAUCGACAAGUGCGAAGCCGGCAAGAUGAAAUACACGAUCAUCCACGCAGGCGGGCUCAGCGACGAUGAUGGCGGCACCGCCAAGGUGUCCGUUGGUGUGGACGAUACGCUGCGAGAGGUGAAGCCCUCGUAUCGGAUUCCCCGAGCCGACGUGGCCGAGGCGUGCGUGCAGGCCUUGGAGUGCAAGGAGGCGCUGGAUCGCAGUUUCGACUUGGGCUCCACGGACGCGGGCCAGGCGCUGACCUCCCCGGAGGAUUUCAAGGCCAUCCUCGCGACGCUUGAAGGCAAGAACUGCGACUACACCAUCAAUCCUCCUCCGUGA